CGGUAACUAAGGACCGAGCAACAGAGUUCUCCUCAACCGCGUCCAUAAAAAGUGAGUGUAACCGCUGCACGAGGAUCUUCCUUAGCAACCUUGGAUACAAACAUGAGUUACAACAGCAUAGGAGAGUCCUGGACUAACAUUCCUGCAGCCGCAUCCAUGGACACUACGAAGAAUGGAGGAUCUCAGCCUGUCUACAGUCGCUGGUCAUACAGACCCUCCAGCUCUGCCAGCUUCUCCUCGAACUCAACAGCAAGUGGCAUUGAAGAUGACGGAGCCAGUCUUAGGAAACAGAAGCUCGAGAGACAGAGAGCACUGCUGGAGCAGAGGCAGCGGAGGAAGCGCCAGGAACCUCUCAUGGUUCAGCCCAACACAGACGCUCGGCCCCGGCGCUACAGGACACGACGCGGUGAAGAGCAGGCCCCUCUAGUGGAGUCUCAAGUGAACGUCACCAACAGUGUCAUUAUGGAUGGUAUCGACGGCCCAGCAGCUUUCCUGGGCUCAGAAGCCCCUGAUGUGGGAAUAAAGGUCCUGUCAGUGAGCCAUUCUCAGUCCCAGCCUCAGUUCCAGUCACAGCCUCAGUCUCAGCCCCAGUCCCCCGCUGCUGAGGAGCCUGAGAGAGAUGGAGACACUGAGACGCUGCUUGAGCCCAAGACAGACAUCCACGAAUUACUGCAGAAACAAGGUCUGUCCGGCAGCAUGAACUUUGAUGAAUCCAGCGAGCAUGAGGACGAUGCGGAGGAGGAGCGAACGCGUUCUCUGACCCCGAACGCCGACAGCACCAGACCUGCCUCUGCUGCCAGUGGCAAGGACACUCCAGAGGUGGUCACCCCUGGAUCACCCACAGCAGAGAGCUCACUCAUCGAUGUAGCCAAUCUAGAGGAGUUCGUCCUGCGUCCGGCUCCACGGGGGGUCACUGUAAAGUGUCGAAUCACCCGGGACAAGAAGGGCAUGGACCGCGGCCUCUACCCAACCUACUUCAUGCACAUGGAGAGAGAGGAUGGCAGGAGAGUGUUUUUGCUGGCAGGAAGGAAGAGAAAAAAGAGUAAGACGUCCAACUAUCUUAUUUCAGUGGACGCCACUGAUCUGUCGCGAGAGGGAGAGAGCUUCAUCGGAAAACUGAGGUCCAACCUCAUGGGCACCAAAUUCACAGUGUAUGACAACGGCACCAAUCCCUGUAAAAACCCCGGGACGCUGCUGGAAGAGAGCAACACGCGACAGGAAGUGGCUGCUAUCUGUUAUGAAACCAACGUGCUUGGAUUCAAAGGACCACGCAAGAUGACCGUAAUCAUCCCGGGCAUGAACAUGAACUUUGAAAGAGUCCCUGUCAGACCUCAGAAUGAGCAGGAGAGCCUCCUGAGCAGGUGGCAGAAUCACUCACUGGACAACCUGAUCGAGCUGCACAACAAAGCCCCUGUGUGGAACGACGACACCCAGUCGUAUGUGCUGAAUUUCCACGGGCGCGUCACUCAAGCGUCGGUCAAAAACUUUCAAAUAGUUCACGACAACGACCCUGACUACAUUGUCAUGCAGUUCGGCAGAGUGGCUGAGGACAUCUUCACUCUGGACUACAACUACCCCAUGUGCGCUUUGCAGGCAUUUGCCAUCGGCCUGUCAAGCUUUGACAGUAAGUUGGCCUGCGAAUGAAACCACCGGUUUGGCUUCCGCACUGCCACCUCCCCUGUCCUCCCUCAAAUCUUUUCUCACGGGACUUUUUGGAUGCUACACCGCUUACAUCAUCAGGAACCAGUUCACAUUCCGUGUGUUUGCGCACGAAACGCAAGAUUAAAAGAAGAGAAAGUAGAUACUGAUCAGAGACGUUGGUCCUCUGGUGGCAAAAUAACAACCCUCUAGGUUCCUGGGUGGAAGGGUUUUUUUCCUGUGUCAUUUAGGGGUUUAUUUCAAUAUUAUUUUGUACAGUGUAUGUGUACAAACUAAAAGGGAAAAGACAAAUCACACCACUCUCAUCUGUGCUGGAGACAGGCGCUCUCAUCAGACAUCUGGUGCAAGAAAACUGAUGUAAAAUUUAUGACUCAUUAUUUGUUAAAGGAACAGUUUACCCCAAAAUCAAAAAUACACACUUUGCCUCUUACCUGUAGUGCUAUUUAUCAGUUUGUCUUGGCGUGAGAUGAGUGUUGCAGAUAUCAGCUGUAGAGAUGUCUGCCUUCUCUCCAAUAUAAUGGAACUAGAUGGCACUCAGCUUGUGGUGCUCAAAGCGCCAAAAAAAAAAAAUCCAUUUGAAAAACUCGACAUCAAUGUCUCUUUCCAGAAAUCAUGACCUGGUUACUCAAGAUAAUCCACAGACCUUGUUGUGAGCAGUUUCAUGUAGGAACUGUUUUCUUUCUACCAAACUACAUCUGCCAACCAUAUCGCUACACAGAAGGAAGUGUGCAUCUACUCAUGGAUGAGAGGCUCGUGCUUGUGACAGUGCUAGAUGUAAACAUUAAUGCCUCAGCUGAGCUGUAACGUUAGCUAUCUCAGUGGUGCUAGGUGAGCUAGCAGUAGAUGCACUCUUCCUUCUGCACCAUGAAACAGUUGGCAGCUCAUACAAAACAGAGAAAAGAGAUUUGUCCGAAAAUUGACCAUUUGUCGGAUGAGGGCACGGUUGUCGUUACAAAUAACCUCACCCUCCAGACCUCCUCAUGUUACUAACGUUACACAGCGAGCCGAUGAAAGCAUACAAGCGUCUAGUGACUAUAGCUGUUUUGUGUGCAGUUGGGUUCACGACUGAUAUGGCUGCUGUCUUGUUUUUGGCCGGUGAGUAGAUGAGCUUGAGCUUGACUUUGGGGACUUAAAGGGGCCUUUUUUCCAAUUCAGUGGACUGAAACAGGCAUUUGUACAGUGCUGUGACGUCAUAUCCUCCUGAGACCCUGUGUCCUCAUGUAAGGACAUCACAUUUUGGGUUUACUUGACCUUAUACUUUAUUCUACUUAUCUUAGACCUGUGGUCCUUGUCCAUGGACACUUUUUGUGCCAUCUAGUGGCAGUAAGAGCACAAUACACUAAUCCAUGUAAAAACAAGAUGGCAGCCAUCUCUGCCAAGUCAGUCUGCAGCCUGAAAAGUGGAAAAGGUCCAAAACCUGAUCACUUUUCAUGGUUGAAACUUGUUUAUUCAUGAUUUUGAACAUUUGUAGUUUGAUAUGGAAACAAAUUUGACCAAUUUUAGCAACAGCAACUAGCUAAGAGACGUUAAUUAUUUAGUACUCAUUCGAGGACAUUGGGACUUUUGCUUAUCAUUGACAAUGUUUAGUUUUUUUAUACUUAUCCCGUCCUACUGAUCCCAAAUAGCUAGGAGACAUUAAAAAUGUAAACCAAAUAAUAAUUCAGGUGUCAUACAGGUGUUAUACAGCCAAUAUUUCUAACACUCUGCAACUCAUACCAAAACAAUCUACAUUGAAAAAACAACAGAAAAACACUCCAGGUAAGAGGAAAAAUGGGCUUGAUUUUGGGGUGAACUGUCCCUUUAAUGAUGCAUUUUGUAUUCAUUCUUUUGCCUGUACAUUUUAUUUCUGUCAGUGUGUUUGUUUUGUUUUGCCUUACUCAGAGGAGUGGACCAAAGGAUGUAGGUGUCCACUACGCCACAGUCUGAACCCUCCACUACAUGGCCUGUCCUCUGGCGCCACCCUCAGGCCAAUCUGUAGAGUUAGUAUUUGGUCAGAAGGGACAAAGAAAGUGAAGUUGUUUUCUGUUUCUCAUCUGUUCAAGAGUCUCUUUUUGAUAAGUAACUGGCAUCACAGUCACAAUUUCAGUUAUGUUUACAUCUUUAAAUGUGGCGACAUGAUUUACUCUGCCAUCUUCUCAUAACUAAUGUUGACAUCAUCCUUUUAUUAUCAUUUUGUCAUCCCUCUUUUUAUUCUCGUGUGGAACGUGCAUUAUUCCGAACAGGCCUGUCUUAACGGUUUUUGUGGGGGUUUUUGUGAAUAAGUGUAAUUUUUAUCUUGUGACUGUGAUUUUUUCUUUCUUGUAACAGGUUAUCAUGGGAAAAAAACAUAAAUGCAUAAUUGCACAUUUAGAGAGAAAUGAUUUACAUACUGUAUAUAAAAUACAAGAUCAUGCCUUCUUAUUUGAUCUAUUCUAACGUACAUAUAGUGACAUGAAAUACAAAAUGUCAUUUCAAGACAUGGGAUUUUAAAAUAAUGGAUAGAAGUGAAGCAUGAAGAUACAGAAACCUUCCCAGACUUUGCAGAAAUCUACUGUAUUUACGCCUCAUAGUCAAUAUAGACAUUUUAUUGAGCUGAUAUUCCCACAUUUUGUCUGUCUCAAAGCUUCAGCAACAAAACUGCCGGUGCCUCUUCAUCUCCAUCUCAUCCCUUUUGAGUUAUAAGGGAAACUUAAGGGAAAUCAAUAAAGGACAAUAAUCCUUUACGUCAUUAAAUGUCCCUAAUAUUUUGUUAACACAGUGUACUGUAUGUCUGUGAGGGGAAGGGUCAUUAUUGCUGCAGAGCCAACAGUAAAUAAUUCAUUACUUUAAAGGUAUACUAUGGGUGAUUAUCAGUCAAAUCAAACCCCACAUUCACUCUCGUUUGGCGUUUCAGCUUAAGACCCAUUUCCACAACACACUUUCAGUAUGGUGCCUUUGGAACCAACAGUAACCCUUCAGACAUGGUACCUAGACCCUAGAGUUUCCUCCACAAACAGUGCUCUUAAAUGUGGGCGGGGUUGUUGUCACUCACUGCUCCGUCCAAUGAUUUAAAGGGAUUACUUUUAUAUAAAUUCAUACAUUGUUUUUUAGGGAAAUCCUGCAUAGUAUACCUUUAAAUCAAUUUAAUUUGGAUGCUUUAAAGAAAAGGUGUUCAGUGCUUUUCUGCUUGAAUUGGGCGUUUCCUGCUCAAAACAUGAAAACAAGCAGGAAAGAAUACCUAAUUUUGAGGAAAGUAAUACAUUUGUUGUUGUAAAUGUGCCAGCAAUGUAUGAAAAUCCUGUUUUGUCAUUCUGUGUGGAGUUUUCAGAGAGAAAAGGGAAUUUAUAGGAAAUAUUUUCAAAGAUAUACGCUUUUACUACUUCAGUCAAACACACUCCAGUCCAACAUUUGACAAAAAUAUAACCAGAUAUAUUUUAACAAAGGACGAUCAAACCUGUUUAUCAGGUUUAAACACCAAGAGAUGAAUGUAUUCAGUCAAACAGUUUAUUUUCAUAAUCACAGCAGAGGUCAAUUUGAUUCAGAACACUUUAAAAGACAAACAGAAGUACUUAUUUCCAUCCAUGUGAAAGGUUUGACUUACCAAAAUAAAAGACAUUUUGAACUUUUUUGAA